AUGAAAAGUUUGUAUGACAAAAAGAACAAAUCCAGAGUAGAGAAUAUCCAAAGGUGGACGAGCGCGUGUAUGUCUUCUCGCCCGGGGAAAAAGCAAGACAAACACACCCAAUUAGUAAGUCGGAACUCGGCGCUCUCUGUUAGAAUUGGGGAAAGCAGUGAACAAAUUCGACUACAUUCCGACAUUUUGGGAGUGGUGCCAAAGGAGGUAUCUGAUGGGAAAGUAGACACCGUACAGACAGAGGUCAUAGAGGCAACUAAUAGUGAUGUUUUCACUGGUGCAGUGCUGAUGAGCGCUGCCAAACGAGGGCACACAAUUUCAAUGCGUCGAUGA